AUGGGCAAAGGAAAACCCAGAGGUUUGCAAAGUGCACGUAAAUUACGCACACAUCGCCGUGAAGAACGGUGGGCAGAUAAGGCUUAUAAGAAAAGAGCCUUGGGUACUGCCUAUAAAUCUUCUCCAUUCGGUGGAUCCUCACACGCUAAGGGAAUCGUUCUCGAGAAAAUUGGUGUAGAAGCAAAGCAACCGAAUUCUGCUAUUCGAAAAUGUGUUCGUGUUCAAUUGAUCAAAAAUG